GGGGCGUCCUCCGUCUGCCACUGACGCGCCGCUGCUGGCCCCGCCCCUAUAUAAGGGGCGGCCUCAGCGCGGCCCCGACCGCGGCCGUCGUGUCUCCCGCACCGACCUGCGCUCGGGAACCAUGGCAGACCAGUCUUUUGUGACUCUAGCCACAAAUGACUCCUAUGUGAAAGGAGCGCUGGUACUUGGUUCAUCCUUGCAACAGUAUAGAACAACAAGGAAGCUGACUGCACUCAUAACUCCUCAGGUCUCAGAUCUUAUGAGGAGAGUGCUGGAAAAAGUCUUUGAUGAAGUCAUAUUGGUAAAUGUCUUGGACAGUGGGGAUUCAGCACACUUGGCGUUAAUGAAAAGACCAGAGUUGGGCAUCACACUAACAAAGCUUCACUGCUGGGAACUGACACAGUUUUCAAAAUGUGUUUUCAUGGAUGCAGACACAAUGGUUUUGUCAAAUAUAGAUGAGCUUUUUGAGAGAGAAGAGCUAUCUGCAGCACCAGAUCCAGGCUGGCCUGACUGUUUUAAUUCAGGAGUUUUUGUUUACCGACCUUCCAUUGAAACAUACAGUCAGCUGUUACAGUUUGCCACAGAGAAAGGCAGCUUUGAUGGUGCAGAUCAGGGGUUAUUAAACACCUUCUUCAGCAGCUGGGCAACAACAGACAUGAGCAAACAUCUACCGUUUAUUUAUAAUUUGAGCAGCACUUCUGUAUAUUCCUACCUUCCAGCAUUUAAAGCGUUUGGUGCAAAUACUAAGGUAGUGCAUUUCCUGGGAAGCACAAAGCCGUGGAACUAUACAUAUGACUCCAGAACAAAAAGCAUAAAGGGCAACAUGGAUGACCCUAAAAUAGUUCACCCAGAAUUCCUCAAUAUGUGGUGGGACACCUACAUAGCUGAUGUUUUACCAUUACUAGAACAGCAUGGAAUUGUUAAAGAAAUUACUACAGGGGUAAAUAUGGCAGAAGUUACAGAGGCAGUGUCCCACGUAUCAGUAUCACCACUAUUACCAACUGAAUCUUCAGAAGAACGCAAGGAACGGUGGGAACAGGGCCAAGCUGACUAUAUGGGAGUGGAUUCCUUUGACAACAUCAAGAAGAAACUUGAUACCUACCUUCAGUAGAAGUGCCUGUCUCAAACAGUGGUGAUGCAAGGACUUGUGCCAGAACUAACAGCUAGAAAGGUAUAGAUGGUGGUCAGUUACACUUGCUAGUAGCUUGAGGAAAAACUUCUUGGCUGAAGGCCUCUGCAGUGCUACAGACGAAGACUGAGCAAAAGCUAGGAAGCAGAAUCCUUGGGCCACCUAUUACUGCCCAAUUUCCAAUUCUCCAUACUAGAUAAAGCCAGGUAUUUUCAGCUUAAAAUUUCUUCUGUUUUGAUCAAUUGGCUCAACAUAUUCUUUAAACUGGGUUUGUUACCUCACCUCAUUAGGUGAUUAGCAUUGAUUCCUUUGCUUGCUGUUUUAGAUGUAAAAUCUAAUUCACGGGAUUGCUCAUACACUGAGUGGUAGCCAUUCUGCUUUACCAUAAAUGUAUUAAUGACACUGGGAUACAUACAUGUAACAGUAAUAGCACUGCUUUGCUCUUCCAGUCACAAUUGCACUGAAAUUUUGACCAGGUUCUUACGCACAGUGCCUGCAGCAUGGCAGAAUGCAUUUUUCAGUUCUGUAUACUAUGGGACUAGUAAACUGAGUUUUAUCUGUUCCUUGCAAUGUUGCACUUGAUACAAAAAUAAAAAGUUGUCGUGCAUUUCUGUCUUCCCUAAACUCUUGAGCAAUUAAAAAAAGGAGCUUUAAAGCAGUCUAACUAAAAUAUUCAACAGGUGUAAAUACCCCUUAAGCCUUGCUGAUGUUACUCAAGCUCUCAUUAGCAAAUGUCCAUCUUUUAGUUCAUAAUUAUUUAGAAGUACUUAGUCAUUUGCUAGGGAGUUGUUUAGGGCCAAUCCCUGUAUUAACUUGCCAUAAAUAUAGGACAGGGCAAGGACAAUAUAUGAGGACAAUAUAUGAGGAAGUACCUACUGAAGGUGUUUACAUUAGUAACUUGAAGUUUGGGAAGAAGGCAUCCUUCUUUCAAGCGACUAAAGAAACACCAUCCCUAAUGUAAGCCCUGUACAUUGAACUUAGUCAUAAAAGCAACUGUGAUACUACUUUGGCAAAGAAAGCUUACAUAGCUGCUUAAGUAACUGUACCUACCCUGGUAAGGAAAACUACUCUUUCCAUAUAUAAAGACAGUAAGGGAAGUGCUUUUUUUGCCACACUCAGGCUACAUGUACUCCAAGACACAUGGAAAAGCAGUAAAAAUAAAGCAUGCUAAUGACAGACAGA